UGAAACGAUGUUCUGUACCGCGAAAGACCACAUUUUAUGCAUGGACUACUACUAGUUCUAUGUGACGGGCCUUAUGCUUACUCUUGCAUGCACAGCCAGCACCGAUGAUGUGAAGCAACUACGAGACGUAUCGCUCCUAUCGCGGACGCCGAGUUGAUGAGCGAGGACGGAGGGCCCGGCGGAGCGGUGGAGCCAGGGCUGGCUGGAGUACCCAGGGCACGUGGCUUGGCAACGCACAAAGAGUCUUGAGCUUGCUUGCGGCUGAGCGUAAUCCAGAUGAUGGUUAGCGUACAAGGAUGGAUGUCACUACUGUGAGCCAGUAAGAGCCAGUGGCUGACAAGGUCUAUCUUGAGCGUGCUGCGCAUCUCUGUGGGACACCCCGAGCAUAAGGCAGUGCAUAAGCGGUCAUACCUACAUAUCACAUCCUACUUCCGUCCAAGAUUUCCUGUCGUAGCUUGGCCAUUAUUCUUCAACAUGCGCUCUCCGAUCGAGUUCGAGAAAGAUCACCAUUACGAUAGAUGUCGAGACAGCAUUGACAGCGAGUUCUCCUCUUCUGACACCGCCGAGGAGCCACUGGCGCAAGGAGAUAAUGUUCCACUCACUCCUCAACCCCCACCAUACUCGGCGUUCUCCCUCAAUCGCCGACGAUUCAUGCUGGGUGCCGUAACAGCAGCUGGCUUUUUCGGCCCCUUGACCGGCGCUGUGUACCUCCCUUCUCUUGUGCUUUUUGAGGAAAUCUUCAAAGUUUCAGCUACAGCAAUCAACGCUACAGUAUCGGUUUAUAUGGUUGUAUUCGCCAUCGCGCCACUCUUUGGUGCAGUAGCCUCUGAUAUCGGAGGCCGUAAGCUUGUCUACAUGGUCGGUCUCGGAAGUUUCCUCGUCGCGAAUGUUCUGCUAGCGACGCUCCCAGCACACAUCGCACUUCUGUUCAUCCUUCGAAUCUUCCAAGCGUUCGGCUCCUGUAUCGUCUUUUCCGUUGGAGCGGGUACGGUGGCAGACAUCACAGAACCUGCGAAUCGCGCUUCCUCUCUGGCAUGGUUUCUCAUGGGACCUCAGCUGGGUCCUGUUCUGGGACCUCUUAUCGGCGGUGGUUUCGCGGACGUUUCGCGUUGGAGAUGGGUCUUUGGGUUCUUAGCCUUGACUUGUUUUCCGGUAUACUGCGCAAUCAUGUUUUGCAUGCCUGAAACGCUGCGGUCUCUCGUCGGCAAUGGCGCUGCUCUUGCUCAACAGCCCUGGUUCUCGAUACCCAAGCUUCGUACACAGCCAAUUACGGAUACCAAAGGCCCCAAGGUUCCGCGUCCGUCGUUCCGCAAAUUCAUGCGACUACUGAAAUACCCUCCACAUCUCAUUGUCUCUUUCAACGGUGCUUUCCAGUUCGCUGGACUGUACGGAAUGUACAUCUCGUUCCCAAGUGUUCUGAAAGGGACAUACAAUUGGUCGACUGCCCAGGUCAGUUACGCAUACCUUGCGCCAGGUAUAUCUAUGUUCAUCGCUUCAAUUAUUGUCGGUCGUGGUAGUGACUGGUUGCGCCGACGAGCUAUCGCUAAGAGUGCGGACGGCAAGUUUGCACCAGAGAAACGCAUCGCCUAUCAGCUAGUCGGCUUUUCAAUCGCAGCUGCCGGUAAAUUCAUGUAUGGAUGGUCCUGCCAGAGUCGUAUAACCCCAGCCGCUGGACUCAUUGGGUCGGCGCUUUCGUCUAUCGGAACUUCGAUCGUCUUUGUCACCAGCACUUCCUUCCAAACAGAAUGCGACCCAGCCCAGACUGCCAGUUUGGUGGCGUUGGGCGGCCUCCUUCGUAACAUCGCUGCAGCCAUUGCCGCUGUUGUGAUGGACGGUCUACUCGACAAAGCCGGUGUUGGAUGGACCUUCAGUAUCUUUGGUGCAAUGGAUCUUCUCUGCAUUCCCGGGGUUCUGUUGAUCAUAUUCAAAGGUGCAGAAAUGCGCGCAGCAUUGAAGGCUCAAGGCUGAGGGCCGCGGCCUGACGCGGAGGCAUGAUUACUACUUGGAAUUUGCAUAGCGCGGUGUUGGCAUGUGUUUGUAUUCGCAUUACUGGGACGUUCGGAGAUAAUGAACCUAUGAAUAAUAGUAAAAUCUAUUCACGAAAUGAAUGAACAAGCAUGCGACAUAGAAC